AAUUAUGGAUGAAAUCAUUAGAGUGGAUAUUGUCUGUCGUCGUGCUGGGGCCCCAAGCAAUAAAAGUGCUGGAUUACGAAAAACAAAGAGUAUUGCUUCAGCUUACACACAAUCACUAAUAGAUAAUAUUAUAGCGUUGUUCGAUCCUGGUUAUCACAAAUUAAGUCAUAGUAAGAAUGACCAAGUGCAAAUGCUUUACAAUAAUGGAGUUCCAGUGCCAACAAUUAUUCAAAUGUUAAGUGAAGAAUAUGGCAGGUAUAUUCACAACAAGGAUGUAUAUAAUACUUUAAAUCGCCAUUCUCGUGAUCGUAUUAAAGGCUUGUCACAAGUAGCAGAACUCUUGAAUAAUUUACAUAACAAAAAAGAACAUAUAAUUACCUAUUCCAUUAAUAAUAACAGGCUUCACUGCUUAUUUUUCACCACUCAUCCUGCACUUUUAAUGUUUAAUGGUGUUGAUGUAAUGGGUAUUACAUAUCUUAUUGCAAGCGUACUUCUUGCUAAUGAAACUACGCUGACUUUUCAUUGGGCACUUCAACAACUAAAACAAGUAGCUGGUGAUGAAGUUAUUAAUAAAAUAAGAACUGUUGUAACUGAUAGAGACUUGGCUAUACUUCCUGUGAUUAGUAAUGAAUUGCCUCAUAAUCAUUUAUUGGAGGAAUAUCCUGAAGCCAACAAAUAUAUGAAACAAUGGAAAUCUAUUUCUCAUAUGUGGGCUCAUUGCUAUACCAAUAAAAAUGUUAACUACGGUAUUAGAACAACUCAACGUUCAGAAGAUAGUAAUGCGUAUUUAAAGCGUUUACUUGGCCAUACAGUACCCUUGCCUGAAUUAGUUAAUAUGUUAGAGAAAUUGUCUCGUCAUCAACUUGAACAAUCCCAAUAUCAGCAGUAUCGUUUACGUGGAAGUACCCGCCAGCACUGCCCGAAGUUAUUAAAAAAUGUUUCAAUGGUCAUAGCAGAUUUUACUUAUUCGUUAUUGAUUGAUCAAUACAAUAAGGUUGCAUCUUAUAGUGUUCAAAAACAAAAUGCUAACUUGUUUAAAGUUUUUAAUGAAUACCAUAACAAUUCCAAUUCCUUGCUUGAUGUGCCAGUAUUGUCUUCUUCAAAUUAUCAAGCUUACGAAAAUCCAAUUACUCAACAAUUAACGCAUAAAAGUACUGCUGACUUGCUUAAGGAAGUUGAAGCAAUUGCUAACAGAGUUGGCCAUGUUAAAAUCAACAAUACUCUUGCUCUUUUUGUGAAUAUAUUAAAUAAACAAUAUCCUUUAAAACAAGCUGAUAUUGGAGAUUCUAUAAAUAUCAAGGCAAAAGGAAGACCAAGCAAUACCAAGCAUAAUAAAAUGG